CUCAGUCCACUGGCUGAGCUUCAACUGGAAGCACCUCUGUGUAUAGGUAAAUACAAUUUUGUAUUUUUCCCAAUUUAUUCAGUCAAGUUGUACUUUCUACCAGUUUAUCCUAUACUAUCAUUAUAGAAGAAUGUCAUUUUCUUUUUAUAUCAUAUUUUCUGGUAAGGUAAUAUUUCAUAUCCCUAGACUACAACUUUUGUAAACCAGUUUUGUAAAUUAGAAUACGGGUCACGCCCAAUUUUGUAAUGCUUAUAUGGCUUACUUUUACAACUUACUUUUACUGUCCUGUUAAUUGCAGACACACGGUUAAGUACUCAUGUACACUUCACUCAGCCAGGGUCUCACUAUACUUCAAAGUCCUAAGGACUAUUUGUAAGUUUAUAUUAUUUUUUGUGUCAGCCAUUUUGUAUUUUAAGGUGCAGCCAUUUUGUAAAAUGAUUUUAUAUUUUCACCAGAGCUCGAAUACACGUAAUCUUAUGUCACACUUUAAUGGUUCUAAUUAUUAUGUUGUAUUGGUGAAUAUUAUUAAUUCUUUCAUGUUUGUUCAUUUGACAACAUGGUACAUUGCUGCACUUUUGUUACUUCUAAUUUUAGUACUGGAGAUUGGAUGUUUUCUUACAUUGAGGUUGCAGUUAGUCUCCAUUAGACUAGUCAUUAGGGUAUGCAUAUCUCUUAAAAUAUAUUAUUGUAUUAUUUGUGUAAAGUACAUGAAACUGUGUGUUUGGUUUAGUCUAAGGGAAUCGCAUAUGAAAUGUAAUAGUAUUCAUAUAAUAAUAUUUGUAUUUUAUGGUCUCGACAUUACGAAAUAUUGGUUCCUAUUUUUAAUGCAUAUCAUUUUGAAUAAUUGCAGACUUCUACUACUUGUUCUUCUUGUUGCCUGUUUACAUCCUGUGAUACCUGAUGUUACAACUAAGACUGUAAAGAAUAAAGAUAUCAUAUGACUGAACUUGUGUGUGUAGUUUUUAUUGCCGUUACCCACGUGCCCCCCAUUCGCCCAGCUCACAAUGGUGUCAGAUGUGUUUGCGGCAGCAUCAACCUACAACCUACAACCACUUGCAAGCUACAACGUACCACUAGCCAGUAUACAGGUUUAAAACCACAACAAAUGAAUGUGUAUAAUAUAAGUAGUGUUAAUAUUGAGCCAUUAAUGCUUGAUAAAGUGACAGUCAGAUAGUCACUAUAGAUUCAGAUUCAGAUAGUUUAGGUAGUUCUAUAAAUAUCAAAUAUGC